UCCAGACUCUAGAGAGAGAAACAACCGAUGAGAGAGAGCAUUUGACGAAAUUCUAUGCUCUCUUAUCUUACGACCUCCAUUUCUCCCUCCUCAAGCUAAACCUCCAUUGAAGAAUGAUUCUGAGCUCGACUUCGCCAUGGCUCACUAUCACUCUCACUCGUCUCCCUCUCUCUCCUCCUCCAAAACUUAUCGAACCACUCCCCUCUCCAAACAAUGGCAGCGUUCUCAUGCCUCUCCUUCUGUGUUCCCAAGCUCUCUUUGCUUUCACUUCCUUCUCCAAGUCCAGAUCAGUUAAAGCUUCUUCAAAUGACCGCAACAGCGGCAGCGGCAGCGGCAGCGCUGCGGCUUCUGAGAAUCCUGUUUCGGAAUUACUCGACGAAGAGUUGCUCGGGGAUGUUUCGGGUGCCAAGGAUGCUGGUGAGGCGUUGCUGGUGAUUGCUGAUAAGUCCGGGAGAAGUGGAGGUACUGUGGCUGUUUCGGACUGUCGUUUGAUUAUCGCGGCUGCACUUGAGCGUAACAAUCCUGAGCUUGCCUUAUCCGUGUUCUACGCAAUGCGCUCCAGUUUCUAUCAAGCUACUGCAUGGGAAGGUGUUAAUCAGAAUGCUUCCUCUGUUGAGAGAUGGAAAUGGUCAAGGCCAGAUGUCCAUGUAUACACAUUGCUGAUUCAAGGUCUUGCAGCGUCCUUGAGGGUUUCCGAUGCUCUUAGGAUGAUUGAGAUUAUUUGCCGAGUUGGUGUAUCACCUGCUGAGGAGGUCCCAUUUGGAAAGGUAAUACAGUGUCCCUGUUGUAUGGUAGCAAUUGCAGUUGCACAACCCCAGCACGGUAUUCAGAUUGUAUCUUGUGCAAAGUGCCGCUACCAGUAUGAACUUAUUUCAGGAAAUAUAGUUAAUAUUGAGUCAGAAGAAAUCAGCAUGGAUACUCCAGCUUGGGAAAAAGCACUCCGAUUCUUGAAUAUAAUGAAGCGAGAAAUCCCUGCUGCUAUUCACUCCAUUGUGGUACAAACUCCUUCUGGAGUGGCACGAACCCAAAAGUUUGCUACUGAAACUGCAGAUCUCCCAGCACGAGAGGGAGAAAGGGUCACAAUUGCUGCUGCAGCUCCAUCAAAUGUAUUUAGAGAAGUUGGUCCUUUUAAAUUUAGUCCAAAGGAUCCCAAAUUUUACUCUGGGGAGCCUAUGUGCCUGACAAAUCAUACGGAUGGCCGUGAAUCACUAUUAUUAAGAGUGCCAGCAAAGGGAACCUCAUCCUUACUUAACCCAUCGACCCUCUUCCCACUCAUAGCGUUGUCUGCUGCUGGAGAUGCUGCCGCCGGAGUUGUUGACCCCAGCUUGCCUCGGUUGCUUUUAGUUACUGGAUUUGCUUCUCUAGCUGCAGGAGCUACUUUGAACUCAUUUCUUUUGCCUCAAUUUAACCGGCUUCCUCAACGAUCAGUUGAUAUCAUUGCUAUCAAGCAGCAGCUUUUAUCUCAAUAUAAUGUGCUUCAGUCUCGUAUCAGGGAUUUAAAACUAGCUGCUGAGAAGGAGGUAUGGAUGUUGGCUCGGAUGUGUCAAUUAGAGAACAAAAUUUUUGCUGUAGGAGAACCUUCUUAUCGCGCACGUAGAAGUAGGAUAAAGAAGGUGCGAGAAGGCCUGGAGAAUUCCCUUAAGCAACGGAUUGAACUAAUAGAAAGCUAUGCAAGAAUUUCCUCGAUGAUUGAGAUAGAAGUUGAAAUGGAAUCUGAUGUUAUCGCUGCUGCAGCAGCCAGUAGCGUGGAAAGGGUUUCUGAACAGAUUGAGCAAAUAAUGAUGCUGGAAAAUCUAGAAGAGAAAUGGAAAUUACAAGCAGAAGCUAACGAUGAAGCUGAAAGACUUCUCAACCAAUCAAUGCCAACAGAAAAGACUUUCUAUUUGGUCAAACCCAUGUAAGAGAGAGCAUCAACACCUCCUUCACAUGACCCAAUACUUUCCAAAACCUUCUUCGCUUUGCAAUCAGCCCCAGUACAUGACGUUUUGAAGCAUCAUCAGGUCAGUGCUUCAUUGUAAGAUAUGUCAUUACUGAAGAUCUCAGCUGUUAAGUUGUAUUAUUGUUAUGAAAAAGUACAUUGAAAUCUAAGUUUGAGAUCUGAAAUGUGAUUUAUCAUGCAAGCAAUAUAACACAUUACCUAUUUAAUGGAUUUCCAUCUUUGCAUUUUAA